CGCAUUUCCUGCAUCAGGUUAAACAAGAGUGUCAUUUCUCCAACGGGACGGAGUGGGUGCAGUACCUGGAGAGACACAUCUAUGAAGGACAGGAGACGCUGCGCUUCGACAGUGACCUGGGGGAGUUCCGAGCACUGACCGAGCUGUCACGGCCCGAGGAGAAGGCCUGGAACAGCCAGAAGGACUUCCUGCAGCGGAAACAGGCCAAGGCCUUCUGGGUGUGCAGACACAACUACAGGGUGUCUGAGAGAUUCCUGGUGCCUCAGCAAUCUGAGCCCACAGUGACCGUGUAUCCUACAAAGACCCAGCGCCUGCAGCACCACAACCUCCUGGUCUGCUCCGUGAACGGCUUCUAUCCGGGCCACAUUGAGGUCCGCUGGCUGCGCAAUGGCCAGGAAGAGGAGGCCGGGGUGGUGUCCACGGGCCUGAUCCGGAACGGGGACUGGACCUUCCAGACCCUGGUGAUGCUGGAAACAGUUCCCCGGAGCGGGGAGGUCUACACCUGCCAAGUGCGGCACCCCAGCAGCACCAGCCCUGUCACUGUGGAAUGGAGGGCCCAGUCUGGAUCCGCACAGAGCAAGGUGCUGAGUGGAGCCGGGGGCUUCGUGCUGGGGCUGCUCUUCCUCGGGGCGGGGCUGCUCAUCUACUUCAGGGCUCAGAAAGGACACUCUGGACACUCUGAGGGCCCUGUGCCCUCCCGUGGCUCAGGCCAGGGACACACCACGUCAGUGCACCUUGGAG